UGGAACAACUAAACAUUAAUAAGAUGUACUAUGCGAUUUUCUUUAUACCGUCCUCAUUUUGUGUAUUGUUUUUCACACUAUCGUCGUCGUCGUCCUCCUAGGGUUGCGUGAUAGUCUGCAGUAGGAAAAAUACAUUUCCCACAAACCUUUACACAAUUGAUGAUAUCAUAUGAUGGCGACUCAGAGUAUGUAGCAAGAACAAAUCGUGCAGUAUUACCAAGGAGCUACCCAAAACCAGUUAAGGAUGCUACGAAGAAAGCCAACACGUCUGGAGCUGAAAUUGGAUGACACAGAGGAGUUUGAGAGUGUCAAAAAGGAACUUGAGAGCCGUAAGAAACAGCGGGAAGAAGCAGAUGUAGUUGGCGUGGCAACAUCAAGUGAGAUUGGCGGUGCAGCUGGAGGCGCCGAGGGGAAGACCAGAGAGCAAAUGAUCCACGACCGCAUAGGCUAUAAACCCCAUCCCAAGCCCAACACGUUACCAUCCUUGUUUGGAAAUCUCUCCUUUUGAGUGUUUUGCGCUUCAAGGACUUAAGAUUGUAACAGCAAUGUUAGUAACAACAGUGUUACUGUUCUACUGGGGCACAAUGGUCCCCUGCUACAUCUCAAAAUGAGCAUGUAUGUACUCGUAAGUGCAAAAUUUCUACCACAAAUGUAUUUUUUAUAUACAAUGUAAAUGUGUUUUUUUUUUUUUUUUGUUAUGGUGGCGAGAAGCAUUUAAGGAAUAAUUACUGAUUUGGAUAACUGCAACUCAUUUUGUGAGAGGAGGUUUGUUUCAAAGCAACAUUGAACAUUAGGGUCUGUGGUUAUUUAUGUGUGCUUGUUUGUGUGUGUGUGUGUCUGUCUGUCUGACUGGGGAAUAGUUUUUUUUUAAUUGAAAUAAAUUAAUUUCAAUCUAAAUUUUGACUACAAUACAACAUCUACACCAGAGAUUCAGUUAUCAGCUGUGUAAUUUAUAGUGCUGGUUAUUAGAGAUUAAUUGCAAGUGGCAUUGCUUUUCUUGUGAUUGUUAUUCUAUGAAAGCCAUCAAUCAUUUUAACUUGGUGUUUAAGCAUGGAUUUAUGUGUCCCGUAAAGGGAAAUACAGAUGACAAGUGUACUAAAAAAAAACAAUCAUCAAUAGGGUUAAAGUAACCAGUCUCACGAUAGUCUAAUCCCAGGUCAUAUUCCCAUUAGUGGGUGAACAGUCCAAUGCCCAGUGAAUUCCGCUUCACAAUGGCAGGAAGAGCCGACAAAUUCUGAUAUUGAAAUGAAAAGGCACGAGAAAAAGAGGUUUAUGUGCUCUUCAAUCACAUAUCAUUUAUUGAUGCUCACUAGACAAUUACAAAGUAAAUGCCAACUAUACAUAUGUCACAGCGAACUGUAAACAGUCCAGAAAAAGUUCACAAUAGUGUUGGACAGGAGUAGCAGGCAAAUCCCUUUAACAGUUGGGCCCUUGAUCUUAAUCUCAACGUUUACUUCAUAAUCAGCUAAAGCAAAACGACUUUUCUUUCUGAAUGGAUAUCCUAGUUUUUAACAUGGUCAUAUUUCUUGUCAUAUAUAAGGCAUUUCAGAGAAUAAGAGAUUUGACCACUAACCCUGCAUUACACAAUGUCUAUCUGGCAAGUUGUACAAACGUCACUACAUUUUACAUCAGAAAUUAUAAAACUGCAUUCGCUCAAACUAAAACAGUUAUUUAAAAAUAUUACACUGGCAGAUUCUAUCUGAUAAUCAGUCUGCCAACAAUUAUAAACCCACUCUGAAAGGGCUAACUUGAAGUCAGGUAGUGUCUAGUCUCUAUGGAAAGCAUUGGUUCCAGCCUUCUGCUUUCCCAGAAUUCCUUGCUGUAAUAGGAUCCAUGAACCAACAGAAUAAACAGAGAGAAAUUCUAGGUGCGUAGAACAGCUAUGGAUGAGCUGCUCUCCCUUUUAUCCCUGAUGUUACUACGGAAUUUUCCCCUUUGUUGGAAUGACCUACCAAAACUCCCGAUUGUAGGCAGCACAGCAAAAGCCCCUCGCUUGUGGAUUUCUUAUUAAUAGCCAGAAUCUUUUGGGCACAUUACAUAUGAUCAACACAUCUUUAGCAAUGAAAUGAUGAUCUGCUUUAUAAAACAGUACGUAAAGAAAUUGGUUUGUGGGUUGCGGAUUGUCAAGGGGUGGGAGGAUCAGUCUACACUUACAGCACAGUGCUUGUGUGUGACAUAAUUAACUGAAAACAAAUAUCUAAAUGACGUGUGUGUUACUGGCAACAUCUAAAUUUUUAUGUUAUAGAAUUUACAUGUUCUCUCAAAAUACAGAUGCCGUUUCAUACCUCACUGAGGUCCAUCUAACCGAGUCCCAACAGUUACAUGCCUACAGAGUGGACCCUUCAGUGUACCCAUUACAGACAAACCACUUCCGGGUAUUCCGAGUAGUCUUCAGAUACCACAAUGCAUGGGACCUUGUUUCAACAUAAUUGGGCAUCGCUUCUCGCCCUCCCCACCCCAUCACAAUAUAUAUUAUAUAUCUUCAUAUAGAUUCAGCUAGCCAUUAACCUUACAUCAUCAGUUACCUGCUAUCAACACACAA